CCAGGCGAUCUCUCCCUGGACCCCGACACCGCCAACCCCUACCUGGUGCUGUCGGAGGACAAGAGGAGCGUGAGGCUCCGGAGCGCCCCCCAGGAGCUGCCGGCCAACCCCAAGCGAUUCGAUUACUCCUUCUGCGUGCUGGCGGCGGAAGGUUUCGUCGCGGGGAGGCACUACUGGGAGGUGGAGGUGGGAGACGGGGAGAGCUGGGUGCUGGGGGCGGCCCGCGAGUCCGUGCGGAGGAAGGAGAAAAUCGACUUUGCGCCCGAGGAAGGGAUCUGGGCGGUGGGGCUCAACUGGAAGGGGAAGAAUUGGGAUCAGUAUCAGGCUUUCACCUCCCCGGAGACGCCCCUGUCCCUGUGCGAGAGGCCCAGGAAGAUCGGGGUGUACCUGGACUACGAAGGGGGGUGGGUGGCGUUCUACAACGCCGAUAACAUGGCCCCCAUCUUCACCUUCACCGCCGCUUUCACCGAAAAGAUCUUCCCUUUCUUCUGGCUCUUCUACGUGGGCUCCUCCCUCUCCCUUUGCAAUUGA